GUGCAUACAUAUACCCCCUCUUUCUCAGGCCUCAGCUCUUCAUCAACUCCUCCCCACACUGUAUAUAUCAGCUACCAUUGUGAAUUCUCUCAGAGACAUAUCACAAACACUUUGCAACGGCCUUCGCACUUGGCCGGAACCCGCCAUGCCUAGACCGCAACAACGGUACCGGGGAGUUCGCCAGCGGCACUGGGGAUCUUGGGUGUCCGAAAUUCGCCACCCGUUGCUAAAGACGAGAAUAUGGCUAGGCACAUUUGAGACGGCGGAGGACGCAGCAAAGGCGUAUGACGAGGCCGCGAGGAUCAUGUGCGGCCCUCGAGCGCGCACAAACUUCGCUUACAACGCGCACGAGCCGCAGUCGUCGUCGGGCCGGUUUCUUUCGGCUACUCUAAUGGCUAAGCUGCAGAAAUGCCAAAUGACGUCUCUGAAACUGGCCCAGAAACCUGCUCUGAACAAGGUCCACGAACCAGAUCAGCAGUGUCCGGGUUUUGAUCAUCCCACUGACAAGAAGAACGUUCAAAAGGGCGGGGGGAGUAAUUGGGAUAGCCCAGGUAAGAAUGUCGAGCAAUUCAAGUGUCUUGAAGACGACCACAUUGAGCAGAUGAUCCAGGAGUUGUUGGACUAUGGGUCAGUUGAGCUUUGUUCAGUCAUGGAGAACUGAAAAUUGCAGUGGGAAACUGUAUGCUAUCUACUAGUGUUUUUUUUUUGAAGUUUAUUUACUUCCACUACUCCUUGUUCGGACCAACAUGGCAGUGCUGAACAUCUUGUAAGUAGGUAGGCAGAUGAAAUGUCAAAUAUAUAUCAUCAUCAGUUCAAGAUUCCAGUUCUUGUCA